AUGGCAUCGCAUCUUGUCUGGACAGCGUCCAAACGACGCGGCCAGAUAGAGCACAAUGUACUGGAAGGAUUGCCCAUUAGUCAGUAUCGGGAAGCCGAAAUCACGAUUGAACCAAACUCGGCCGACAACAAACCUUUGGACAAGGAUGCUUGGCCCGAGCUGCCCAUGCCUCGGGAUUCUCACAUGUUGCCUGAACAUUCUCAGCAAUUGCUGCGAGCAGCACGCUCCGGGAAGUUGUACAAACCACCGGCUCCUCCAGAAGACGACAACGAGAUGAAAGAUGAGGAAGAAGAGACUAAAGAGAUCCGUACCGGCUUCACUAUCAAGAAGUACGUCAAAGUUGCACGGCAUCUAGAAGUUUCGGAACCAGAGUAUCUCGCGAAGAGAAGGAAAGGUCUCCCAUCACCAUACGUGAAUGGUCAGGUUGCGCAACCUGCGUUGCGGGAAACUAAGGUUAAGAAACUUGAUGCAGAUGGCAACGUGGCUGUUUACAAGGUACUUGUACCAGAAGGACAGGCUGUAGAAGGCGAAGUCCAGCCUGAAGAUGCUGCUGCAAUUGAAGUUGCGCCAGCUACUGCGGCACCGGGAACAAUCGUCGAGGGAGUUGGUGUUGUGAAUGCAGAAGGUGUCGUCGUAGCUAACGACAUCCUACAACAAACGCCACCUCGGCGGAGGCCGCCACCUCCUAAGAAGAAGGUCAAGCGUGGAGGCCCAGGCAGAGGCAAGAAGAAGGUCGUCUUUGUUGAAGGAGCAGAGCAAGGGACGCCAGCAUCAACUGCCGGCGGUGAUAUGCUGGGUGUACCAGGCGUCAAACAAGAGGACGGAUCGGUAGCUCCGUCAGAUGGAGGUGAUACGCCAAUGGCAGACGCUGGUGGCGAGGAAGAAGAGGGGUCUGGCGAGGAGGGCUCGGAAGAUGAAGAUCAAGACAUGGAGCAUACCUCCAACCCAGCAACCCCUCAGGCGUCCUCUGCAGUCCCACCCAGUGCUCCAGCGACCGAAGCUCCCAACUUCGCGGACGCUACAUUGACAGAGAGCACCGCACUAGCAAGCCAUCCGCCGCCGGCCUCCAACGAGCCCUCUCAAGAUACCGCAACGAUCGAGAGGACCGCAAUCGAUACCGCUCCAAUCGACACGUCGAUGCAGACGCCGAAACGUGACCAGUCCAGCUCACCUGAUCUGCCGCUUUCUGCCGUCUCCCAUAGUCGCCAGAAUUCCAUGAACCAGAUCUCGACUUCUACUACUACCACAGAAGCCAUCGUUCCCGAGGAGGCUCCAAGCGAGGUUCCAGUCCCAGCUCCAUCAGUGGAAGUGGAAGUGGACGCGGCACCAGCGCCUGUGGUCGUCCCGGAGCCCCAGCCCCAGCCUGAGCCUGUAGUUGAGGCCGAACCCAAACUUGAGGCUGAGCCUGUGCAACCUCAAUCAGCUGCUCCUUCUGCACCAACUUCGGAACCAGACCUCAUGGGAAGUCUGGAGAGGCAGCUUGAAGAACACGACAAGGACAUGGCAGAGUCGUAG